GGCGGGACUUCCUGCGGGCGAGCGGCGGCGGGGCCGGAGCCUUUGUGCGGGAGCGGCGGGGUGCGGGGGGAAAGAGUCCCCGCGGCGUCCCGCGGCCCCGGGCGGGCGGGCAGCGAGAGCAGGAGGCGGCGGCGGCUGCAGUGCGGAUACCGGCAGGGGAGCCCCUUCCGCAGCCGCUACCGCCGGGGAAGGAGAGAGGAGCCGCCGCCGCUCAGCCGGUUCCAGCCACGCAGGUCUGUUUUCUGUUUACAAGCCUGAAGAUGGCUGCUGCUUCUUCUUCUUCCUGCAGUGUGGAAGAAGAUGAGAGCCUGAAGGGAUGUGAACUCUAUGUUCAGAAGCACAACAUCCAACAGAUUUUAAAAGAGUGCAUUGUAAACCUUUGCAUAGCAAAGCCAGACCGACCCAUGAAGUUCCUCAGAGAACACUUUGAAAAAUUAGAAAAGGAAGAAUGCAAACAAAUACUGGCUCGACAGAAAUCCAGUUCCCAGUCUGAUUCUCAUGAUGAUGAGAUUUCCCCUCCUCCUCCCAACCCAGUGGUAAAAGCCCGACGCAGGAGAGGGGGAGUCAGUGCAGAAGUAUACACUGAGGAAGAUGCUGUUUCUUAUGUCAGAAAGGUUAUUCCAAAGGACUAUAAAACUAUGACUGCUCUGGCAAAGGCCAUCUCCAAGAACGUGCUCUUUGCUCAUCUUGAUGACAAUGAACGAAGUGACAUAUUUGAUGCCAUGUUCCCUGUCACACAUAUUGCAGGAGAAACAGUCAUACAACAGGGUGAUGAAGGAGACAACUUCUAUGUGAUUGACCAAGGCGAGGUGGAUGUUUAUGUCAACGGGGAGUGGGUAACCAGCAUCGGAGAAGGAGGCAGCUUCGGGGAACUGGCGUUGAUCUAUGGAACACCCCGGGCUGCCACUGUCAAGGCCAAGACAGAUCUCAAGCUCUGGGGCAUCGACAGAGACAGCUACAGACGUAUUUUAAUGGGCAGCACACUGAGGAAACGGAAGAUGUAUGAAGAAUUCCUCAGCAAGGUCUCCAUUUUGGAGUCUCUGGACAAAUGGGAGCGUCUAACAGUGGCUGAUGCACUGGAACCUGUCCAGUUUGAAGAUGGAGAAAAGAUUGUUGUGCAAGGAGAGCCCGGUGAUGACUUCUUCAUUAUUACCGAGGGCACAGCUUCUGUUCUGCAGCGCAGGUCUGACAACGAGGAGUACAUUGAAGUUGGAAGACUUGGUCCGUCAGAUUAUUUUGGUGAGAUAGCCCUUCUGCUCAACCGGCCUCGAGCUGCCACCGUGGUGGCACGCGGACCCCUGAAGUGCGUCAAGCUGGACCGGCCUCGCUUCGAACGAGUGCUCGGGCCCUGUUCCGAAAUCCUCAAGAGAAACAUUCAGAGAUACAACAGUUUCAUUUCCCUCACUGUCUAAAUGAUUCCUUCUGGGAAAGCUGCCUUUGUGUGACCUCGUGCACUUAAAUUUGCUCUGUGCAGCUCUGUAGCUUUAUGAAGAAAACAAGCAAACAAACAAGAGAUGUGCAUUUUAUGUGGGGUUUUUUUUUCUGUUGGUGUCACAUACUGGGUGUCAGUUCAAAUCUCAUGUAGCAUGUAAGUAGGAAGACAACUGUUUGGGUGCAGAUAGCUUUGGGGAAGAUUAGGCUCUUGGAUUGCAGGUGAGAUUUGUACCUAUUGUUGGAUCAUAUAACUUAAAACCAGGGUUUUUUAACUAUUUAAAAUUCAUACGAGUUUCUAUUUCCCUUGUUACCUUUGGUCUUAUUCACCUUUUGUCAAGCUUUUUUGAUCAAGCGAUGUCUCUCUGCCUGUCACUUUUAAAAGACUUUUCACUGGUCGUGGACUGGAGGCUUCUGAAAUCCUACAGGGUGAGCCACAGUUGCACAGUUUAAGAGGAAAGGUUGGAGGAAGAUUUUGAUCAUUCCAGCAGGCCAGGGAAAAGUACAGCUGUUGGGUCAUUGUGGCUUAGAUACAGGGGCCAUACUACUACGUGUUACAAGCUCUUUCAGGACCACUUAAUUAAAUUCAAUACCUUUUUUGAAGUACGUGACUAAAUUUUAGGAUUUUUUAGGAUUUUCUGGAAGCUAAGUACAUGCUCAGCACCAGGAUCUUCAAGAAUCAGCUAGAGCUCCGGCCCCUCCCGGCAUGCAGCCUGGCUGGCAGUUUUCACUGCCCUGCCCAGACACGAGUCUCCUCUCGUGUGUAGCUUUUUGCACAUCUAGACCUUGCUCUGUGGUGCAGCUCUUGAGGGUGGGAUCGUGUAAACUAUUCUUUGCAAAGCUUUUCCCUUGAAGGAAAGCUUAUCUUUGCCAAAGGCAGCAAAGGUCUGCAUCUCAGCCACCCUAAACAACACUGCCCACACUUCUGCUGUGGCUAAACUCAAGUUUCUUCUUCAUGAUCACUUCUGAGUAAAUACCAACUUUCUGUACAUUUUACAUGCCAAUGAAGUAAGACAGCAAUCUUCCUUUUGUAACUAGAGGUGUUAGAGAAGAACACAGCUAAAAUUACUCCUACUGACAAGCAGCAUGCUUUCUUCUUUGGAAUUAAUAAAUGCCUACCUGGGACUUUCCUAUUGACUCCUAGCAAGAGGGCCCAAUAGUCCUGUAGCUGCCCACCGUGGCUUUUACAGAGCUGACUGCUUCUCCACUUCAGACUCCUCUCAUCACUUCAAGGUGCUUAAUUUAUUCCAGCCUGUUUUCAGUGGUCCUCUCAGUGUAUCUUCGUUGCUACUAUUUAUUAUCAUUAUGUUGCGCCUCUUGCACGUGUGAUUAGGUAUGACCAUCCACAUUUUUCACCCUUGCGGUUUUUAUCACGUACAUUUCUAUAGGCAGAACCUUGUUAUAUAGAUAGGAAAAUAUAUGUGCAUUUGCAAAACUUUUGAUUUGCUUCAUUGUUUUUGUAUUCUCUUGUGCAAUUUUUAAAAGAAAGAUUUUUUUUUACAGGUUACCAAUUACUCACGUAUGUUCUUUUACCCGUGGCAUUUCUGUUGUAUUGGUAAAAACAAAUGUGAGUGUUUCAUAUAACACGAAAGACACAUUUCUUCUUGUUAAACACCAAGUAUUAGCCUCACUGUUUAGAAAUUACUUAAGCGCACACACGCCCCACAGAUUCUUUGCUUUAAACCUUCACAGCUCAUGGAAAAUACAUUUGAAUUAUGGUUCUGUUAUAAGCAAUUGCAAGAGAAGUGUAAGCAUUAAACACCAGGAUUCCUGUGCUUUAAGUGGAACAAAAUGAUAUUCAAUGACAUUUUAAAGAUAACUGUAAACUUUGCAGUGGAUGAUGGGACAGGAUUACUGUAUGAAUAAAGUUCUUCUACAUUAUA